CUCAUAGUGGGGUUUAUGUUUCUGAUAAGGCAGGCUGUAUGUUGUUUCUGAAUUUGAUUGCAUAGUGUUUUUUAUCAACGUUUAGAAUUUGAGAAUACAAAAUCAGAUAAAGAAAGCAGAACAAUCUGUAUGUUGCUUCUAGAUUUGAUUGCGUAGUGUUUUUUCAUCAACGUUUGAACUUUGAUAGGGGGAGUGUUUUUUUUUUUGUUUUUUUUGGCAUCAAUCAGAACAAUUUUAUAGCAGUAAUGGGUAGGGGCCAAGAUUUGAGCAGUGAUAAGGUGGGCAGUGACACCAGCUCAAUUCCGGUGAACAUACCCAACACAUUGAUACGCUUUGCAACGUUGGAAGAAGCACCAACAAAGGUAGAGUUGGUGUCAUGGAGUAUUUAUGGCCUCUGCUCUCAGUUUGCACAGACUUUUCUAAUUCCAGUUCUGUUCCCGCUCCUCCUCGGCCAAACUGUCAAACCCUCUGCUAAUUAUAUGAAAGAGUGGGAUGAGACUUUCCCAAACACAAGUUGUUCUAAUGCUACAAUAAAACAGUAUGAACGACUGGUGCACUCUUCAAUACCCAUAGGACCCCUGAAAAUAUCUCCACUACUUCUCACAGGCUGUGUCUGGGCCAUCACAACGGCCAUACUUGCUCCAAUUCUUCCGUCACUCUCCCCCUUCCUUGACUACGGAAACAAACAACCAAUAUUCCUGCUCCUCUCAUCAGCGAUUGGCAUCAUCGCCUGCCUGCCACCUGGCGUCUUCACCGACACGUCAGCCAUGGCAGUCUUCCUAGCCUUGGCUAUAACCGGCGGCUCCCUGUCUUCCAUGGCAUACAACCGCCACCUGGCCCUAAUCAUCCGAGCCACAGCCGCCGCCGCACCAGUACGUCAGCGUAACUCAUCAAUAAUUUACAUGCAAGAUCGUUUCCGUAUCAGGCAAAAUGCUGGCGGCCUGAUAUCGUCCAUGGGUACAGCCGCCGAAAGUGUCGGCGCCGCCAUUAUUGCUACUUUCACUUACAAAAUGCUGGGCUUCCAAAGUGCCGUACGGCUGGCCGUAUGGAUUACGUGUAUUUUUUGUGGCAUUUUGUGGGCAGUGGGUGCAGCUCAGGCGUUAUUGUUGCAGCCUGUUCGCAGCGGGCCUGAUUUUCCUGGCGGAAAAUUUAAUGGCGGCCAUGGAUGGAUCGAUGCUUUCAGUUUUCGGAAAUUUCCUAACGCUGUUACGAGCGCGGUGUUGGUUUUUCUGGCGUCUUUUGCUGGGUCUUGUGCUUUUGCGUCGGGUAUUCUGCAUGCUCUGGGUCACCGGUGUUUUGAGUCGAAGUAUAUAUUGUUUAUGUGGUUGGCUUAUUUUUUGGUGCCGGCUUUGACCGGGGUUGUGACGGGACUGUCGCCAAAGAUCCUUAUUGUAAAUGGCAGGCAAAUGCAGGUUAUUGGAUUUCUAUUGGUAGCUGGAGUUUCAGCUUUAGGUUUUAUACAAAAUUCAUGGAGGCCAUGGUGGACAAUUGUGGGUGCAGGUGUAUUAGGUAUGGGUGUGGGGAUAUUGAAUUCUUAUGGUCGCACACUAUUUUUUGACUUUACUCUGCCUAGCAAGGAAGGUACAUUUCUAGUUUGGUUUAGUAUUAUAAAAGGAGCAGGUUUAUCAGCAGGCUUUAUUGUGGGUUGCAUGAGAUCACAAAGUAUCAAGAUGGCCUUUUGCAGUACUUUAGUUUCAGCUAGUUCAGGGUUGUUAUUAUUAAUAUUUGGAAAUGUGGGGAACUUUGAAGGGUUUGUGAAUGCAAGACAUGUGAAAGAGCGAUUUUCUUUUCCAAAGAAAGAGGAGAAAGAUCAUCGCAUAAAUGUUGGUGGUUCUAAGGAUGAUACACAAAAUGAGAGAGUAUUGGGAGGAGAGGUGGUAGAAUUAGAACCUGAUAACUAA